ACUGCUCUGAAGUGUUACGUCGCUGACCCUCGACUCCUCCGUCCAUGGACAGGCGUUCGGAGGGUCGGCGUGAGGCUCUGCUGUAGUCGUGAAACUCUUCGUGGUCGGCGGACCCUCGCUGAGCGGAAGAAACGGCGCUACAAGCAGUACAACGCCGUCACGUACGACACGCCUGCGAACGCACGUGUCCAGCGUCCAAACACGCAUUCCAGCGCUGGAAGCGGGCUCGGGGAAGCGGGGGCUGCAUGUAUUCCCCCCAGCAGCAGGAGCUGUAGCAAAGCCACAGCAGGAGCGUGGGAGAGAGGAGGAGAGAGAGGAGGAGUGCGGGAGGAGCUGGAGCUGAGACCCAAUAAGCACAACAUCCGCCAACAACAUGGGUGAGGAGGGGCCUCCCAGUCUGGAGUAUAUCCAGGCCAAGGACCUGUUCCCACAGAAAGAGCUGAUCAAAGAGGAGGAGGGUCUGCAGGUGCCUUUCCCAGCUCUUCAAGGGGAGGGGGUGGAGUUUCUGGGCCGUGCUGAUGAUGCCAUCAUCGCUAUUUCCAACUACAGACUCCACAUCAAGUUCAAAGACUCAAUCAUCAAUGUUCCUCUGAGGUUGAUUGAAAGUGUGGAGAGCAGAGAUAUGUUCCAGCUGCACAUCAUCUGCAAGGACUCCAAAGUAGUAAGGUGUCACUUCUCCACGUUUAAGCAGUGUCAGGAGUGGCUGAAGAGGCUAAACCGGGCUAUUGCUCACCCCACCCGGCUGGAAGACCUGUUUGCUCUAGCAUAUCAUGCAUGGUGCCUGGGGGGCUGUGCUGACGAUGAGGACCAGCACCUGCAUUUGUGUAGACCAGGUGAACAUGUUCGACACAGGAUGGAGAUGGAGGUGAAGCGGAUGUGUUUUGAUAUGCAGAACGCCUGGAGAGUGUCCGACAUCAACAGCAACUACAAACUGUGUUCCAGUUAUCCUCAGAAGCUGCUGGUGCCAGUGUGGAUCACUGAUAAAGAGCUGGAAAGCGUAGCCUCUUUUAGGUCCUGGAAGAGAAUCCCAGUAGUAGUGUACAGGCACCAGAGGAAUGGGGCGGUGAUAGCACGUUGCAGUCAGCCAGAGAUCAGCUGGUGGGGUUGGAGGAACACAGAGGAUGAAUAUUUGGUGACCUCCAUUGCUAAAGCCUGCCUGCUGGACCCGGGGUCCAGGGCUGCCUACACACCUGCCUGCCGGCCACGUGGAGAUGGACCUGACUCCUCUGACAGCGACUUUGACUCGUCCCUGACAGGCGGUCCUGGUCCUGACGCCAGUGCUGCACCACAGAAGCUGCUGAUUCUGGACGCACGCUCUUACACUGCUGCAGUGGCCAACCGCGCCAAGGGUGGCGGCUGUGAGUGUGAAGAAUACUAUCCAAACUGUGAGGUUAUGUUCAUGGGCAUGGCUAACAUCCACUCCAUCAGGAACAGUUUCCAGUCUCUGAGAGCAGUUUGCAGUCAGAUUCCUGAUCCUGGCAACUGGCUGUCUGCACUGGAGAGCACUCGUUGGCUGCAGCACCUAUCUGUCAUGCUGAAAGCAGCCACUUUGGUGUCUUCUGCGGUGGAGAGGGAGGGGCGUCCAGUGCUGGUCCAUUGUUCUGAUGGGUGGGACCGUACCCCACAGAUUGUGGCUCUUGCCAAGAUCCUGCUGGACCCAUACUACAGAACGAUUGAGGGUUUCCAGGUGUUAGUCGAGACAGAGUGGCUGGAUUUUGGCCACAAGUUUGCAGACCGCUGUGGCCACGGGGAGAAUGCAGAGGAUGUUAACGAGCAGUGUCCAGUCUUCCUGCAGUGGCUGGACUGCGUUCAUCAGCUCCUUAAGCAGUUCCCCUGCCUGUUUGAAUUCACUGAGGCCUUUCUGGUGAAGCUAGUGCAGCACACAUACUCAUGUCUGUACGGAACGUUCCUGUGUAAUAAUGCUCGCGAGCGAGAAGCUCGAAAUGUCUACAAGCGGACCUGCUCCGUCUGGUCCCUGCUCCGCAGUGGCAACAAGAACUUCCAGAAUUUUCUCUACAUCCCCUGCCAUGAUAUGGUUCUGCAGCCAGUGUGUCACACGCGAGCCCUGCAGUUGUGGACUGCUGUUUACCUGCCCACCUCAUCCCCUUGCACAGCAGCUGAAGAUGCCAUGGAAAUCUACAUAAGCCCCUCCUCCCAGGGGGAGGAGCUCACAUCUCGCUCACUUGAUAGGCUUCCUAAGACACGAUCAAUGGACAAUUUGGUGUCCGCUUGUGAAAAUGGAGUGGCCCUGACUCGGACCUCCAGCGACCCAAACCUCAACAAGCACUGCCAGGAGGGACGGCCACCUCUGGAGCCGAUGACUGGCCAGGGAAUCGGUUUAACGGACAGCCCGGAGGACACCUCUGACACUGGACUGGGCAGCGAGGACCAGGAGGUGGAGAUCUGUGAAGAGACCCCGCCCUCAGCAUCUCCUGAGCCUAGUGAAGAUGGCUGCAUGGACGUGAGCGUGGAGCCUUGUUUGACCACACAGCCUUUGCCGUCCUUGUCACACCCCGUAACGUUAGACCAGGCUCCUCCCACACCGCAAGUCCUGCCAAAUUUACACCAAGCCCUGCCUCAGACCACCAGUCCUCCCACCCCACCUUCACCACAGGAAGAGCAUGCCAGGACUGCUAAUGCCACUCUCUCAAUUGCUACUACAGCAGAUCUACUUGGUGCUCAAGUGUGUAAUGGCACUGAGAUGCUGGAGUGCACCAGCGAGCCGCUUAGCUUCCCCUCACCUAGUGCUGUUGAGCUUUUGGCCAUCAAACAGCUCCCCUCUCUUGCCUCGUUGGAGGAUUCUACAGAGACACUGACAGAGCAGGGUCCCACCCAGCCCGAGCUGCAACCUGCACAGAAAGUCAGUACAGGCAAGGCCCAGGUACAAAUUGAUGAAAAGAGGACUCAGAAUGGUAAAAGCACUGAGCUCAUCCCAUUAAAGGCCACAGCGCCCCCUGCUGACUAUACACGUGCAGCACGGCGUCUGAUCUCACAAAGCCAGCUGACAGACCUCUCUCUGCUGGGUUCACACUGGGACAGUAUGCAGGGCUUGGUCCAGUCAGCCUGCGGAGGGACCCUCCAGCAAAGUGGCAUCCAUGGCCGCCGCCUGGCUAACAAGCUUCUCCGAGUCCAGGGAGUGAGUUCCAGCAGCAGUCAGUGCUGUCCCCCUCGGUCUCCUGGCAGUCCUGUCCAGUCUGGCUGGAUCUCUGCUGUUAAAACCACCAGCUAUACCGCGCUCUAUGCUUCCUCAUCGUCAGCUUUGGGACCCUCCUUCCGUCAGAUCCUGCCGGCAGCCCACAUUUCACCUUCUUUGGGCGGAUCGCCAGGACCGUUUCAGGCUCCCACAUACCUCGAUGACGACGGUCUCCCCGUGGCAGUGGAUGCCGUUCAGCAGCGUCUGCGCCAAAUUGAGGCCAGCUAUAAACAGGAAGUGGAGGUGCUACGGCGGCAGGUCAAGCAGCUGCAGAUGAAGCUGGAGAGCAAGCAGUACUGCUCGCCCCCAUCUGAACCUGAUGUUGAUUAUGAGGACGACAUUACUUGUCUGCGAGAAUCAGACGACAGUGACAAAGAGGACUCUCUGUCGGACCACAGCGAGGACCGUCUCAGUGAGGGCAGCUGGGACCGUGUGGAGAGGAAGGAUACCGAGGUCAGCCUCCCUCAUAGCCUGCUGCAGGUUACUAGAUGGGUACCAGACCACAUGGCCUCGCACUGCUUCAACUGUGACUGUGAGUUCUGGAUUGCCAAGAGACGCCAUCACUGCAGGAACUGUGGGAAUGUGUUCUGUAAAGACUGCUGCCACUUGAAGCUGCCCAUUCCGGAUCAGCAGCUCUACGACCCGGUGCUGGUGUGUAACUCCUGCUACGACUUGCUGCUGGAAAGUCGCACACGUGAGCUCCGCUCGCAGCAGCUCAAGAAACCCAUCGCGACAGCCUCCAGCUGAGCGUGCCAGUCACAUCUAGUCACACUGUGGGCUGCAUAGGUGCCCUUAGAGGUGCCUGAUGUUUUUGGCAGAGGUGCCCCCUGCCCACACUGCUUUGUGAGGGAGAGGAUGAUGAGGACUCAUGGGGGUCGUUAUGAGCUGAAGUGCUGGGACAAAGGGGCAAAGACUGGACAGACAGGCGGAAGAAGGCAGUCCAGAAGAGAGAGAGGUGUUGUGAGGUUUUUAAUCUCGUGUAGGUGAACUGACAGAUCUCUCUGGUUGAGGAGAACUGUUGGCUACAGCCUGCCAGCGUCCUGCUGGCUAACGGCAUCAGUCCACCAGGGGGCGGCAUAGCUUAACUAAAAUGUCCAACAUUUGAGACUGAAAGGGCCUGUUUCAUCUCAAAACCUGUUCACCUCACCAAACCUGUUACCCUAUUGAGACCUGUGCAUCAUGGUUACACAGAUUUAGCCCUUUGGAGCUUAUGUACACACAAAUAUACGAACGCCUCACACCUCAAAGGACAAUCUCUUGCCUGCCCUUGAAGCCGGUGACUCCGAAGCCUUGUACUCAUCCUACCUGAGGCUUACUGUUUAAAGAAAUUGAAAACAAAAGAAAUUGCUGCUGCUACAGUAUUUAAAAGAAUUUAAUUUUGUAUCCUUACUUUUGUGCACUAUAAGCUGUUGUAAAUUUGGAGGGAAAUUGAGACCAAACCCAAGCAAAAGGGAGAGAAACCUGCGGUUUGUUUACUCGCUGUGGUCUGUUCUGGUGGGCUGUGCCUGUGCUAAGCUUGAAUGUAGUGGGUUUUUUUUUUUUUUUUUUUUUUUUAAAUAGUGUUUUGUAUGUUUGUGGGAGUUACUAAAAAGACAUGUUGCCAUUUGACACUGAUCUGAGGCCAGUUCAGUCUGUUCACUAAAAGUGAUUAAAGUGAGGGCUUGGUUAGGAGGAGCUUGUCUUAGAUCAGCGCAGAAGCGUUUCUCUGUGAGUGAGAGAGCAGUAAUCAUCACCAUACACAUGCAUCUGGUGGGUCGCGUGCUUGUCCCUUUCUGCUCUGUGUUUCAAAGACAAAAAAAAAAAGUUAUGCACCACAUUUUUCUGGACACUAAGUGAAACCGUAGCAAUGUUGUACUGUUCCUCCUAAUCAACGAAUGACUAAAAUAUACGGUAAUAGAAAGUUGCACGUUAAAACGAGAGCCAUUUCAUUGUUUGGACAUGGUUAAUGUUUUAUUUUGUAUUUGUCUCUCAUUUUGAACAUUUCACAAUAGCAUUAUGUACUCAAAACCAUGAUUUUUUUUUUUUUUUGCUUUUAUUUCUUUUUCUAUCAGAAAUGGUUCCUUGAGGUUGCUGUAUGUUUAUUGUUUAAUGUUCCUUGAAAUAAUAGUGCCAUUUAUUUUUCUUUUUGUAUGAUUUUUUUUGGCCUUCUUUUCUCAUAGAAUACACCAUGUUACUUAUCAGUAACAAUCUAACACAUUCAGAGGUACAAAUAGUUAGCUAGCUAAUGAGUAUUUUCCUGAGCUUCCGGUCAGGUUCUGCAAUGUCUAAUGGCUUAGUUUUCUUUCAAAUGGAUGAUGAUGAUAAUGAAGGAACAUUUUUGAUUUAGAACAUUAAAAUAAUGAACCCAGAAAUGUAAUAUAUAGUUAUCUGUACUAGUGGCUAAAACUUGUCACUUAGUGAAUAAUUGUUGUAAAGAAAUGCACUGUUCAAGUCAAAUCCCAUGGGUUAAAUAAAAAAAGAGAUGUCUAUGAGAGCUGCA